AAUUAGAAGCUGCUGAGUUGUGCAUAUCCUCAUCCACCACCCUUCUAUAAACCUUUCUACUCUCAACCUUCACUCUCCACAACAACAAGAAAAGAAAACAAAAAAAAAAAAUCAUAACAUAACCAUGGCCACCUCUGCCAUCCAGCAAUCUGCAUUCACCGGCCAAACUGCCUUGAAGCAAGGAAAUGAACUUCUCCGCAAGAUUGGUGGCGCCGGCAAAGGCCGCAUUAACAUGCGUCGUACCGUGAAGAGUACCCCUCAAAGCAUUUGGUAUGGACCUGACCGUCCCAAGUACUUGGGUCCAUUCUCCGACCAAAUCCCCUCAUACUUGACCGGAGAAUUCCCCGGUGACUACGGAUGGGACACUGCCGGAUUAUCUGCAGACCCAGAGACCUUUGCAAGGAACCGUGAGCUGGAAGUGAUUCACAGCAGAUGGGCCAUGCUUGGUGCACUUGGAUGCACAUUCCCAGAAAUCCUUGAAAAGAAUGGUGUCAAGUUUGGUGAGGCUGUUUGGUUCAAGGCUGGAGCACAGAUCUUCUCAGAGGGUGGCCUUGACUACUUGGGGAACCCGAAUUUGAUCCAUGCUCAGAGCAUUCUUGCAAUCUGGGCUGUCCAGGUUGUGCUCAUGGGAUUUGUUGAAGGCUACAGAGUUGGUGGAGGGCCUCUUGGUGAAGGACUAGACCCAAUUUACCCUGGUGGUGCCUUUGAUCCUCUUGGUUUGGCCGAUGACCCCGAAGCAUUCGCCGAGUUGAAGGUGAAGGAACUCAAGAAUGGCCGGUUGGCUAUGUUCUCCAUGUUUGGUUUCUUUGUUCAGGCCAUUGUUACUGGCAAGGGACCUAUUCAGAACCUGUUUGACCAUGUUGCUGACCCUGUUGCCAACAAUGCUUGGGCUUAUGCCACUAACUUUGUCCCUGGACAAUAAAUGAGGAUAACUUGUGUCUGUUAUGCUGAAAUCUUCUGCUAGUUCUCAUUGACAUUGAUGUAAUUAUGAGCAGAAGAAUCUGUAUGAUGAGAACAAUGAUAUAUUAGAUAUGUCAGCUCUUAUGCA